AUGGUGGAGGGCAUUGGCGGAGUUGCGUGUACGAGGACCAAGGGUAGCGUCCGCUUUACAAUAAAAAUCAUAUUUUCUCAGUUUGAGCUUGACAUUCACGCAUUGGUCAUUGGUUCGAUUACUUCAGUUACCCCCGCGGUUAGCGUCGAUAUUGGGCAAUGGGGACAUUUGACAAAUCUUCAAUUGGCAGACCCUUAUUUCGGUACCCCGGGUACUGUUGAUGUACUUCUUGGUGUUGAUGUCUGGGGUUCGAUCGUUGAGAAAGAUGUCAUACACGGUGGGUGUGACGAGCCUCAUGCACAACUUACCCGACGUGGUUGGGUUGUAUUCGGACCAGCAUCAGUUCAGAGCACUUCGAAUGCAACAGUUGGAAUUUAUUGCGCGCAGAUAAGAGACGAACCUUAUUUAGAGGAUCUUAUCAGCAAUUUCUGGAAGCUUGAAGAAGUACCGGUUACAUCCGAGUGCUUGGAUGAUGAAUGCGAGCGGUUCUUUACCACUACCCACCGCCGUACGGCAGAGGGACGCUACAUUGUGAGGUUGCGCUUCCGCCAAGACUGUAAACCAUUAGGUGACUCUUACGUCAGCGCCCGGCGCCAGUUAUCACAUUUGGAACGACGUCUGGAUGCUGAUCCGGACGUGCAUGCAAAAUAUGUAGCAUUUAUGAGGGAAUAUGAGACCCUUGGCCACAUGGAGAGAGUUGUUGAGCCAAUCGUUCAGCCAGGAUGCUAUUAUAUUCCGCACCAUGCUGUGGUGGGAAAAUUCCGUGUAGUAUUUAACGCGUCCGCUCCUACUUCGAACGGGCUCUCACUCAACGAUUUACAGCUCGUUGGAUCUCCCAUUCAAGAUUCGUUAAUUAACAUUAUACUCCGUUUUCGACGUUAUGCCGUCGCUAUCACCGCCGAUGUGGAGAAAAUGUUUCGCCAAGUACUCGUGGCACCGCAAGAUAGAGACUUUCAGCGCAUACUUUGGCGUGAAUCGCCUUCAGAGGAAGUAAUUACUUACCGACAAUUUCGACAAGAUUCACGAUCGCAAUAUGGGCAUUAUAGCGCGGGACACCAUUCUCUCGUCAUUCUACGUGGAUGA